UUAUCCCUGCAGAAAUUACAUGCGGAAGUGGUGGUCGUCCAUGCUGGUGAAAAUAGGCUCUGUAGUUGGUGGUUGCUAACUAUGAUCUUAGAGUUUACUGUAUAAUUACCUAGCGGCAUUUUACACGCAUAGUGUAGUUAAAUUCAAGUCAAUUAUGGCAGGAAGUCGACUUGAAAAAUUCGGAACCGUGUUCACGCGGUAGGUUCAAAUGUCGUGUUGCUAAUAUUAGCCAGCAUAAUUUUGGUGUCAAGGUUACUGGAGGAUACCAUCUAGUUUUGUAGACCCUUUAGAGUUUGCUAUCUAGCUAAUGUUAGAGUCAGAGAUCUUAUGCGUUCUGGAGUUGUCAAACAGUCUGACAAGCCCAUUUGGUAUGAUGUAUACAAGACCUUUCCACCCAUGAAGGACCCACUUUAUGUCAGACCAGUGGCCAAGAUAUAUGGGAAGAAAGAAGAGGCUGUGCCAAACAUCUUCUACAGAGAGGAUGAAAUCAGAGCGAAAUUUUACGAGAUGUAUGGAACAGGGCCCAGAGUUUUUGAUCUCUCCAAAUCCAGCUUUGUUUCAACAUGCCAAAGGUUUGUGGAGAAGUACACAGAGUUCGAGAGCCAGGGAGAGCUGGAGAAACAGUCUCUGUUUGAGGAGACUGGGAAGGCUCUCCUUGCUGAGGGCUUGGUGUUGAGGAGGAGGGGUACUCCUGCGGUGGCGUCAGAGACCAGGAAUCCAGUGUUGGGCAUGAAGCUGACAGACAUGCUGGCGGAACAGCAGGCAGAUGCACCUGGCGGAACACAGACACCAGGAGAAGAGAAGCCAACACAAGCACCAGUGACUCCACAGUAGGCCUCUGCAACAUGGCUUCAACCACACUCUUCACCUAGGUGGAACCAACCAUCCACCUCCACUGACUAUAAAAAGGGGACUUUCAGUAUCUGUCCAACACUAGACAUACUCCUCAGUCCAGACUUUCUGAACAAUGUGGAUUAACAAGAAAGACUUCUUGUUAUGGGUGGGCCUGGGCAGCUUUCACGACCGUCCAUCUUGACUGCAGGGUUUUGUGUGGUGGUGUGUAGGAGUCAAGUUAUUGUACAUUUUUGGGCUGGAAACUUGUAAGAUUGAUGUUAUGCAUACGGCUGUAAAUGUAUAUUGUGUGUGUCUACAUGCACUGUACGUCCAACUGGUUACGUUGCAGUGUGUUUUCAGACUUUCGACAGGCCACGCCUGUUGAUAUGAGAUGAUGAUGAUCAAUUAGCAUUGUGAGUGAUGGGUAAAGUAACUCUAUAUUCUAGAAUGUGGCCUAUUUUCCUUUUUUCCUCUGCCAUUCAUCCUCUGUUAUGUUUCAGUCACGCUGCAGAACAUUCAUGCAAGACAAGCAAGCUGUGAGUGAGAGUUGAUAUUGCAUUCUCCAUUUGCUGCUGUGACAGUGUAAUUCGACAGUGCCUGCCUGCCUGAGCAUCUGGGAUGAAAUGGCGAUAUUAAUGCCGUAUUGCUUCACAGAGAAAUACCACUGAUCACAUAACCACAUCAGCCGACUGGGGAUGAGAAUGUGAGUAAAGAAGCAUCACAGGUGCCAUAUUAAAAUAAAUGCAAGGUCAAAUCUGUGGAAGGUAUUCCACCAGAUAGGAAAGGUUUGACAUCAACACCUAUACACUGAUAAUUAAACUAUAUUUUAGGUUAGUGUCUACUGCUACAAUUCAAAUAAGCACCGCACCAACAUUGCAUCCUGUUCUGAACAUUAUCUUGGCAUAUAUGUAUUUUUCAAUAUGUAUCUCAAACUACCAGAAUAACAUUAAACAGUAACCAGUUAUUAGAACUUCUGCAGGUUACCCUUUCUCUUCUCUCUAAUCAGGAUAAUCAUCCUUCUUCCUGUUCUCACCACUUGUAGAGGCAUUGAUCCGCUAUAUGACCUAGCAGCCCUGCAGUUCAACUGCCAUUUGAAAAUAAAUCUAAAGAGGGCUUAUAUCUAGAGCCUUGGCUUUGAUGUGGAACAGCACUGGUCGGAGUUAUUUGCUCUGGAAAAAGCUAGCAUCCAUGAGCGUUUUCACAGUACCACAGUUCCCCCUUCUCUUUCCUCCAUCGUCUUUUCAAAAAGAUGACCUUGGAGGCAUUUCUCAUUAUCAGCUGUCUUUCUGUUUAUCGAAAGGGAAAACUGUCCAUCUCACAGUCUAUUCUGCGCUCGCACAGAGAGGAGAAAUGAUAUCAACACCAUAAUGGAAUGGGUGAUUGUCUGCACACAGUCAAAGCGAAAGCAAUUCUGUGGCGGCAGGAUGGCAAGACGGUCUGAGGGCCUAAUGAACAGGAGGGAGGGAUAGAAUUGGGGAGAGAUGUAGAGGAGGGAGCGAGUCAGGUUGGGAAUGAGACGAACAAUCCUUGUCUGUCUGCCGUGUCCACAGGCUGAGGGGAGAAACGGACACUCAGUGGGGUGUGUUGGCAACCUGUGGCUUGACGCAAUCCUUAAAGGUGUUGAUUUUGCACUGUUUUCCUUUUAUCUUAUUUUAAGUGUUAAAUAAUAUAUACUGAACGAAACUAAACAAUUUCAAAUAUUUUACUGUUACAGUUCAUAGAAGGAAAUAAGUCAAUUGAAAUAAAUUCAUUAGGCCCUAAUUUAUGGAUUUCACAUGAAUGGGCAAUGGCCAUUUCAGAGCCAGUCCCAGCCAAUCAGAAUGAGUUUUUCCCCACAAAGGGCUUUGUUACACACAGAAGUACUCCUCAGAACCACACCCCCUCCUCAGAUUAUCCCGUAGGUGAAGAAACCGGAUGUGGAGGUCCUCGGCAGGCGAGGUUGCACGUGGUCUCUGUGAGGCAGGUUGGAUGUACUGCCGAAUUCUCUAAAACGGUGUUGGAGGCUUACAUUUUCUGGCAACAGCUCUGUUGGAUAUUCCUGCAGUCAGCAUGCCAAUUGCAUGCUCCCUCAACUUGAGACGUAUGUGGCAUUGUUUUGUGACAAAACUGCACAUUUUAGUGGCCUUAUAUUCUCUCCCAGUUCAAGGUGCACCUGUGUAAUGAUCAUGCUUUUUAAUCAGCUUCUUGAUAUGCCACACCUGUCAGGUGGCUGAAUUAUCUUAGGCAAAGGAGAAUUGCUCACUAACAGGGAAAUAAGCUUUGUGCAUUUGAAAGGUUUCUGCAAUCUUUUAUUUCAGCUCAUGAAACAUGGGACCAACACUUUUUACAUGUUGCGUCUAUAUUUUUGUUAAGUAUAGUUUCUGUAGAGGGGUGGGUGAGCAUGUAGCCUGCUGAAUAUUCUGACAUGCUUUUUGUAUGUGUUGUAUGUUUGUAAGUUCCAGGUGGAGAAAUGUGAUGAGCAAUCUUCGUUUUAAGAUGGAAUUAAUACAAUGAACUUUACGAUGGAGGCCUUUAAAAACUGGAGAAACACUGUCUGUGUAGAUGACUUCUUGGCAGCACCCCCAAGAUUUCUCUAUUUCCUUUCAAAAUGUAUUUUCAGGCAGGUAAUGAACUUUUUUUCCCCUGCCAGACUCCUGGCAAGGAUCUCUGGAUACAAAUGAUUCCAAUUGAGCAUGGGCUGGAAUUUAAUUGAUCAAAAUGCCAUUCUCUCUGUCACUGGAGUGUGAGCGUGGAUAACAUUUUACUGCUUCUGGCAUAGAUUUCUAAAGAAGCACCAUUUUUGGGCUGUGGAGGAGAGACUAGAUGCCAACAACAGCAUUUAAGGGUGAAUUAUGUGAAAAAUGUUUGGGCUGAGCGUGCUGGGUUAGGGCAGUGUCCUGUGUAUAUGUAACCACAACUUUUCUUUGUUGUUUACACAUGGCUGGUUGUCAAAUGUGAUCCGUGAUAGAAAAUAAAACUGAAUUAAUUA